CAGUCUAGUGGUAUCACAAUCCUUGGGCAGAAAGGACUCUGACUGCAACUUUCAUGACGUAUUCAGCCCUCUUCACGUCUUCAAAAUGGGUCCCCACAGUUCCAAGACCAAGGAGAAGUCUGGAGAGGCACAUAGUAAAAGGAGAAGACCUGAGGAAGAUGUUGCUGCACUGUCUGGUUUUAUAAAGAAGUUUUCAGGAGUUAUAAAAAUAUUUAGUCAUGAAGAUCUCCUUCAGAUGACUGAGUACUACAAGCCCUACCUGGCCUAUGUGAUUGAAUAUGACAUCAGGAGUAUCCUGCAAAACCUGGUUACUAAGCACAUCCUCACCAAUGAUGAAGCCAAGACAUUCAAAGCCAAGGAAGAGUCUGAGGGACCACUGGGUGUGGAGUAUUUCAUCACUGACCUAAUGGAGAGAAAAAGAGAGGUGCUGGUCAGCCUGUGGGUGGCACUGGCUGAAGAACUUGUGAGAUUUCUAUCACCAAACCUGACAAGAAUACUGGAGGAGGUGACAGAGUGGGGACCAGACGUCUUGAAGGAGAUUCAGGCCAAUCUCCAGCCCCAAUACAUUCACACUCAUAUUAAAGGCCUCCAUGAGAUGCACAAAGUCACCGUGUAUGAAUCCACAAAAAUACUGGAUGAUCAGUCCUCUUCCUCCACAGAUCCAAGUGCCAGAGCUGUGGGCUUUGAGACACGAUACACUGAGCUGGUGGUCAUUAAUAAGUACAGAAGAACCUACAGUGAGACUCACCAUGAACUUCUGGAAAUUGGGAGGACUCAUGCAGAGAUGGUGGAGGAGCGAGUAAAGGAGAAAUGUGAGCGAAUCUGGACUGAGCAACUCUUUAGAAGGAGUCCUGGAAGUGAGAGUCCCCCUCACAUUGUAGUGGUCAGUGGAGUGGCUGGAAUUGGAAAGACCACUAUGGUCCAGAAGAUCAUGUUUGACUGGGCCAGAGGUGCUCAGUAUCAGAGGUUUGCAUUUGUGUUCAUGUUUAAAUUCAGGGAUCUUAACCUCCUAGACAACAAGAAUGAGCCACAGAUGCCUCUGACCAGGCUGAUUGUGAGGCACUAUAAAUAUCUCAAUGACCAGAAACUGAUAAAAAUCCUGAGUAAACCCGAAUCUCUCCUCUUUAUAUUCGAUGGCCUGGAUGAGUACAAACACAAACUGGACUUCACACAAAAACAGGUGUGCUCAAACCCAGAGGAGCUCUUUUCUGUCCAUGUCCUGUUGACCAGUCUGGUCAGUGGAACAUUACUCAAGGGCUGUUCAGUCCUGAUCACAAGCAGACCAACAGCUCUGGAGGUUCUGGACAUGGACAGAGUUGAUCGAUAUGCAGAGAUCUUGGGGUUCUUCCCUUUUCAGAGGUUGAUGUACUUUAAGAAGUUUUUUGAUGAUGCCGAUCUGGGUGCAGAGGUUUUUCGGUAUGUUGAGGAGAAUGCCAUUCUUUACACCAUGUGCUUCAACCCCUCGUACUGUUGGAUUAUCUGUUCUGUGCUGAAAAGCCACUUCAUGACACCUGAAGAAGAGCAAGGAAAUACCCCAAGAACUGUCACUGAGCUCUUUGUGAUGUUUCUUCACAACAUUCUGACCAACCAUAGGCGAGAAGUUGAGGACAGGCGGGGGAUUCUGGUCAAACUGGGAAAAAUGGCUUAUUAUGGGGUGGACAACAGGAUUCUUGUGUUUUAUGACAAGUCUGAGAUGUCCACCUUUGGCCUCCAGCCACUCUUGUCCUCUCCAUUCCUAUCUGGGUUCCUCAAAGAAAUACUGCAGAGAGAAAGCAGUUUAGAUCACACGACGUACACAUUCUUCCAUCUCACACUGCAGGAGUUCAUGGCCGCCUUCUCCUUCUUCCUUGAUCCAUCAGAUGGAGUUAAGAAUCUGCUUGUGAAGAUGGACUCUUGUAAAGAUGGCCGGUUUGAGAUCCUUAUUCGAUUUCUAGCCGGACUGGCCAAGCCUUCUGUGUUUAAAACACUGGAGAAAAUCCUGGGGUUGGUUGUGACAUACCCAACUGCUCGCAACUGUAAAGCCUUACGCUUAUGUCAUCUCACCCCAGACUGCUGUUUGGCUCUUGCCUCGGCUCUCUCUGCUGAAGCCCCACGUCUGACUGAGCUGGAGAUGAGAAACAAUAAUCUGGGGAAUUCAGGAGUGAGUCUGCUGUGUGAGGGGCUGAAGAGCAGAAACUGUAAAUUAGAGAAACUGGGGCUAAGGAACUGCGGUCUCACUUUAGGAUACUGCUCAGCUCUCUCCUCAGCUGUCUUUGCUGAUCAUUUACCCCUCACUGAGCUGGAGCUGGGACGCAAUAAGCUGGAGGACUCAGGAUUUUAUGAGUUAAAGGCUAUCCAGAUGCCCAAUUUAGACUUGCCCAUGUGUCAUCUCGACUCGUGUGGCCUCACCUCUGGAUGUUUAGCUGCUCUCUCCUCGGCUCUUUUCACUGAACACUCACAACUGACUGACCUGUGGCUUGGAGAAAAUAAACUAGAGGAUUCAGGAGUCCAUCUGCUAUGUGAGGGGAUGAAGAGUGCAAACUGUAAAUUAGAGAAACUGAGGCUCUUUCAAUGUGGCCUCACCUCUGGGUGCUGUGCAGCUCUCUCCUCGGCUCUCUCUGCUGAACACUCUCACCUGACAGAGCUGGACCUGAGAUGGAAUAACCUACAGGAUUCAGGAGUGUGUCAGCUGUGUGAGGGCCUGAGGAGUCAAAACUGUAAAUUACAGAAACUGAGGCUCUAUCAAUGUGGCCUCACCUCUGGAUGUUGCUCAGCUCUCUCCUCGGCUUUCUCUGUUGAACACUCACAUUUGACUGAGCUGGACCUGAGCAAAAAUAACCUGGAGGACUCAGGAGUGCGUCUUCUAUGUGAGGGGCUGAAGAACAAAAACUGUAAAUUAGAGAAACUGGGGGUGGAUGGUAAUGGGAUUAGCAAGAAACAGAGGAUGAAGCUGAAGGCACUAGAGGAGAAACUGAACAGAUCAGGAUGGCGGGUGACAAUAUCUACUGGAUAAGCUCCACUCUGGUGAUCAACGUGGCAUCCUAUUGGUGGCAGCUCAUGUCUGCCUCCCAAAAUAUCUACUCAGUUCUUCUCUUUGCUAUCUGAUUUUUUUGUAUCAUUUUUAUUUUUAAAUGUAAUGUUGCAGAGAUGAGUCUUCACCAGAUCAUCAGUCCUUUUUGAGUUGCUGAGUGGCUUAGAGGACCAAUCCAUAUAAACCAAGGAAAGCAGUGCCACCUAUUGUAGGACAUCAGCGUUCAUCACUACAGUGUGAAGAUUAUUGACAUGAGUUUAGGACAAUUUGGAGGGGAAACCCAACACAAAAUGAUAUGGUGCUGAGAGAAGGCUUUCAUAAGAGAGAAUUUCUCUUUGUCUUAUAAGUGCAAUUUAAUAACAGACAAAGAUAUGAUGGGCUGUCCUUCUCCUCUUAAUACAAAGCAUUUGUCUGAAUUGUUGCAGUGCAAUGCCAAAACUUUGUGCAGGUUUCGUCUGCCAAUUAUAAUUUUCUAACCAAACUUUGAAAUCACCUCAUUUAAAUUCUUUUUCCAUUUGUUUUCCUUGAUGAGGGUUUUAAUGAUGACAACGCAAUUUGUAAAGAGACCAACAGCCACCAGGGAGUCGGGGGGCUCAAUCCUUCCAAAGUAUCCUGGGUGGGAGUCGGGUGACUGAGGCCGAUCAGACUGAACUGGUAAAGGAUUUCGGGUAACUUGGCUCCCAUUACAUGUCGUACAUAAUGAACUGGACUGAAAAACACAAAUUUCUUGCUUCGGUCUUGAGUAUUGUGUGAAUUCAGCUGAUUUCAUUCAUUAUACAGAAAUGGAAACAACUAAUUUCAUCUACUUUGAAUUUGUAAAUUUACUGUGGAUUAAGUUAUAUUUUAAGUAAAUAAAAUUACAGAAG